AGAACGCGACACGCAGAUCUUGGGAAGCGCAGCGCGUUAAUUGUUCAACGACGACUGCCUUCUUACUAUUCAAACUCUUUCCUUCUAUUAACCAUUGAUUCUCCAGGCGCAUACGAUCAAAUCGCAUCAUAUCACCUGGUGCUUCUAUCGCAUUUUCUUCUCUUUUUAAUUCUGUCCACAACAAUCCCAGAGUAGCCUAUCCUACAAACGGCUUGCGUCGUAAGCUUCUAAGGCUAUCUAUCGCAUACACAGCCGACCACAAAUUUGGUCUUCCACAUACGAGCCUAUCCCACACCACCCAUUCCCAGAUCGUCGCCAGUAGGCUUUGUCCAAAGCAUUGUCCAACAAAAUGGAAGACGAAUGGAUGGUGGAUGCCAACGAGGCAAUCACGCUGUCGCUCGUGCGACCCGGACCGGCGCUGAACUACACUAACAUUGUAAGCUUCAAGCCGAAAUUCACAUACCCCAUUUUUGGCGAGGAAGAACGUAUCUUUGGUUACAAGGGUCUGAAGAUCAACAUUCGCUUUGAUGCUAGGGACCUGCGCCCUCACUUUUCGGUAGCAUCAUCGCGCAAGUUUACCUCCGUUGGCGAUGUUGAGGCACUGGAUGUGAAGGAAAAAAUGAAGGAAUAUUUACCAGGUGUCGCAUUCCAGUCCAACACAGGGUACGAGCUGAAUCUAAAUGUUCUUCCUGAACCAUGGUCGCCUCCGGGAACUUUAGUGGAUAGGGUCGAGAAGAAUGGGGAAGUCUACGAAAUCUGGCACGGAACCUUAGCCAUGCCAGCUGUUCAUCAGAUGAUGAAGCGCAUCCAGAUCGCUGUCCUGUUCUACAUUGAGGGUGGUUCCUACAUAACCGAACUAGAUGAGACCGAUGAAUCGGAGUCUUAUCUUGCCCGAUGGUCCGUAUACUGGGUGUACAAGGUUGAGACUUUACCGAGCCCAGAUCCGGAACUCUUGGUUAAGUUCCAAUACACGUUUCAGGGCUUUGCGACAACGUACAACUUUUGGAUGUUCCAGGGUUCAACGCCGCCAUCCUCACCCGAUGCCAAGAAGGAUAAUGAUUCCUUGGAACUCUCGAAGAGUGAUUCUCAUGUCGAUAUGAUCCACCGCAUGCGAAUUUCCCAAUUCUUGAUCCUCCCCCCUUUCCAGGGAAAGGGUAUCGGCUCUUUGCUUUAUAGCACAUUGUUCAAUAUUGCUAUGAAGUCUUCUACGACGGUAGAAGUAACAAUUGAGGAUCCUAAUGAGGAUUUUGAUCUCUUACGAGACUUGUGCGAUAUUAAAUAUCUGCGCCAGAACGUUCCCGAGUUUGCCGAACUGGAGGUAAACACCGAUAUUCCUCUUCCUGAAAAGGGUGGUCUGUUGCACAACAACACCCAGGUAUCUCUUGGCAAUGGAAGCCGCUCCAACGAGGGAAUUGUAAAUAUGAAGAAGCUAGAGAGUAUCCGAGUCAAGAAUAAGAUUGCGCCACGACAAUUCUCCCGACUCGUGGAGAUGCAACUCAUGUCCAAGUUGCCCGAUUCUGUCCGACCGCGAUCUGACCCUGAAGUCAAGAAGCCAGCCGCUUCGAAAAGCGACAAGCACCAGUACGAUCUCUGGCGUCUUCUUCUCAAGCAGCGCCUCUAUCGCCGCAACGUCUCCAUCCUAGGAGAAUUCGAGAUUACUGAGCGCAUCAUCAAGCUGAACGAGACCCUCGAUAAUGUCGAGUGGGAGUACGCUCGAAUUCUCGAUCGCCUUGAGCCGAAAGCUGUCACCUCCAGUACAAUCGCCAUUGUUAGUGGCAAGAGAAAGUCCAACGGUGAAGCUAGCUCAGAGAAUCACUCGAGCAAGAAGGUACGAAUUUCAGACGAGUAAAAGGGCUAUGCAUAGCUUGAGCACUGCUUUGGGUGUGAUUUCCGGUUGGUCAUGUGGCAUUGGAGUUUAGGUUGGCUCUAUGAUACCUGCUUUGCAUUAACGUUCCUGGGGGGGUUUGGCAUGUCUGGAGGAGAUUUGGGUGGUUUUCAUAGUCCCAAUUCCUGGGGAUAUUGGAGGACAUCUGGGCACAACUCUAGGCUAUAAUGCCAUUCAUUUGCACAUUUGCAGACACCCGUAAAUGAGAGGACAUAGUCCGAAUAAAAGUUUGUUGAUUUAAU